AUGGCUGACAUAAACCACAUUUCUCUGCUGUCAUACCUACAGGAGACCUUGUCUGCAAUUCCUAGCUACCUUCAAGUUCAUGAGCACAGCAGCUUUGAUCCCACCUACGGACCGACGACAUCGAAAGUGCCACCGUCUGGCACGACUUCAGCCUGGAUGCCAUCCUUCAGAAAUACCACCAUGCUCUUACACGAAAUACGACAAUCUCUGCGAGCUGAAUUCAGCUACUUGGCUGAAGUGGGCCUAGGGUCCACGGAUGGCAUCUCACCAGUCAUAUUCGAUAAUGGAGGGACCAUCCGGGAGAUCGACGGUUAUAUUUCAGCCAUAGCCUACUACGAGGCAGCAUUCAUCUUCAGCACUGAUCCGAACCGUGCCCUGGGAGAUGUUCAGAUCCUCUGGGAGUGA